GGUCAAGGCAGGAGGUCAUUCUCAAGAGACAGUCAUUCAGGCAGAUAAGAGCAGUGGGUGUCAGUUAUAACAAUGUCGGUUUCUAAGACGGUCACUUUGCCCGGGGGUGCCAAGAUUCCAUCCGUGGGGUGCGGGACGUGGACCGUGUGGGAGGCGCCACCUGGUGCGGUCUGUGAGGCGGUCAAAGCUGCCAUCGCGGAAGGAUACAGACACAUCGACUGUGCGUGGGCGUAUGCUAACGAGCAUGAAGUUGGUGAAGGAAUAGAGGCUAAAAUCAAAGAUGGCACCGUGGCGAGAGGUGACUUGUUUGUCACCACCAAGCUAUGGGACACCGCUCACAGACGCGGCGCCGUCACAGAGCAGCUGAAGAAGGCCCUCGUGAACCUCAAGCUGGACUACCUUGACCUGUACCUUAUCCACUGGCCCACAUCCUUAAAGGAAGGCGACGAAAACUUCCCCCAAGACGAAAACGGCAAACAUAUCUUCGCUUUCCAUGAUCUCUUGGACACAUGGAAGGGGAUGGAAGACGCGGUGGAUGCAGGGCUGGCAAAGAAUAUCGGUAUCUCGAACUUCAACAGCCAACAGGUGCAGAGAGUCAUAGAUGGGGCUCGGAUCAAGCCAUGCAACAUCCAGAUCGAGGUGAACCCAUUCUUCAGUAACGUAAAGCUGAUUGACUUCUGCCGAGAACGGGGACUGACUGUCACUGCCUACGCUCCGUUCGGGAACCCCAACAGGCCAUGGAAGAAAAGUGACGACCCAUUGCUAUUCGAGCAGCCAAUCUUGAAAGAAAUCGCUGCCGCCAAAGGAAAAACCCCUGCCCAGGUGUGUCUGAGGUUCCUCCUCCAGCGGGGAUUGGCCAUCGUUCCAAAGAGCGUCACGCCCUCCAGGAUCAAGGAGAACUUUCAGUUGUUCGACUUCGAGCUGUCAGAGGCUGAGAUGAAGCAACUGUUCAGUCUGAACAGAGAUUUCCGUGUCUAUGAACAGGACAUAACGAUCGAUCAUCCUGAGUAUCCAUUUAAGAUCCCCUUCUGAAGCGAAAGGAUACUACUUGCUUACACUCAGGUCAAACGUGUGUAUAAGACAUGAAUAUUGCAUGAAAUAAACUGUUAGAUGCC